AUGACCGCAGCCGCAGCUGACGCAGAUAGCGGUGAUGAUGAGAAGUACAUGGGUGAGAAGCAAGACACACAAUAUGUCGACCUGCACGAUAGUGCCACAGCAAAGAUCAAAAAUCCUCUUGCCCACCUCUCCAACGAAGAAGUAAUCAAAGACGUGCAGGAGUUCGCUAGGGUCAACGACUUCUCGGACAAAACCGACCUUCUCAUAAAAGGAGCUCUCGUGGCAAAAGACCCUCCAGCCUUUGAGAGCGUGCCAGGUCUCACGGAAGCAGAAAAGGAGGCUAUCAGGAACGAGGUCUUGCACAAAUGGCGCCAACCAAAGUCGCUCUACUUCACCAUCAUCCUUUGCUCGAUCGGCGCUGCUGUCCAGGGUUGGGAUCAGACCGGCUCCAACGGUGCCAACCUGUCGUUUCCCGAUGCAUUGGGGAUCCCUGUCAGCGAUUUACUGGCCGACGGCAGUCCUAAUCCCAACGCUGCGCGGAAUCAAUGGUACCAAGGUCUGGUCAACGCUGGGCCCUACAUUGCUUCGGCAUUCCUUGGAUGUUGGUGCUCUGAUCCCCUGAACAACUACUUUGGUCGCCGGGGCACAAUCUUCGUGUCUGCUGUCUUCUGCUUUCUGAGUCCCAUUGGUUCCGCGGUUGCCCAAACUUGGGAUCAACUGCUAGUCACUCGACUUCUGCUCGGGAUCGGCAUGGGCUGCAAAGGCUCGACUGUCCCGAUCUUCAGCGCUGAGAAUGCUCCUGCGGCAGUUCGCGGGGGUCUGGUGAUGAGUUGGCAAAUGUGGACCGCAUUCGGUAUCUUCUUGGGAACAUGCGCCAAUCUCGCCGUAAAAGACACUGGUGCCAUCUCAUGGCGUCUUCAAUUUGGUUCCGCCUUCAUCCCUGCGGUGCCUCUUCUUGUCGGCAUCUACUUUUGCCCAGAAUCGCCCCGUUGGUAUAUCAAGAAGGGCAAAUACCGCAAUGCCUUCGCCUCCCUCAAGCGCCUACGCAACACGGAACUCCAGGCUGCCCGUGAUUUGUACUACAUUUUUGCUCAACUCCGCAUGGAAGCCGCGCUGGUCGAGAGGGAGACCAACUAUGUGACUCGCUUCAUCCAGCUGUUCACAAUCCCGCGCGUUCGUCGCGCCACCCUUGCUUCCUUCACGGUCAUGAUUGCCCAGCAAAUGUGCGGCAUCAACAUCAUCGCUUUUUACAGUUCCACUGUGUUCUCCGAGGCUGGCGCUUCAGUCACAGAGUCACUCCUUGCAUCAUGGGGUUUCGGUUUGGUCAACUUUGUCUUCGCUUGGCCUGCGAUCUGGACUAUUGAUACUUUCGGUCGUCGAUCACUUCUGCUAUUCACCUUCCCCCAGAUGGCCUGGACUCUGUUGGCAGCGGGUCUUUGCUACCUGAUUCCCGAGUCGAGUACUGCUCAUCUCGGUCUUGUGGCUCUCUUUAUAUAUCUGUUCGCAGCCUUCUACUCACCGGGAGAAGGGCCCGUGCCCUUCACCUACUCCGCCGAGGUGUUCCCCCUCUCUCAUCGUGAAGUCGGUAUGGCCUGGGCUGUGGCAACAUGCUUGUUUUGGGCUGCUGUGCUCUCCAUCACAUUCCCACGAAUGCUUGCAGCUAUGACACCUACCGGUGCCUUCGGGUUCUAUGCCGGCUUGAACAUCAUUGCAUUAGUCAUGAUCUUCCUCUGGCUGCCCGAGACCAAACAACGAACUCUGGAGGAACUCGACUAUAUCUUCGCAAUCCCCACCCGCACCUUCAUGAAGCACCAAUGCUUCAAGGUACUGCCAUGGUGGAUCAAGACCACCAUUUUCCGCCGCAAAAUUGGGCCUUGUCCAUCGCUCUGGUCAUUCGAUGGACACGUCGACAACGACAGAGAAUUCGUGGAGACUGUUCGCAAGCAAAGUGUGGCUACGGCGGGCGGCCGCCGCCGAAGCAGCAUCGCGGAUAAAAUCGCCAACAGAUUCUGA